CACGCAUAUCCCCGUGGAUGAUUCUCUUGCGCGUAGGAAGGAAACUCGCGGUGGCACCUAAUUCUCGCGUGAACCCGUCAACUGGAGGCGGCCUGUACGGAAUUAACGCCGCCCGUAUACCGGAUGCCGCCCCGACGAAUCUUUCCACGUUUUACUCCUAACGCGAAACCGUGCACGAGAAACCGCGAAACGGUGGCUACAGAGCACCCACCCCAAGACACUAAAAUCGUCGCGGGGCCCUCGUCGUGGCUCACGGCUUGGCUCGGGCUGGCUUUGGUGGGGUGGUUGGAGGUGCGGACAGUGGUUGAGAGGCUGGUGGGGUUGGAAAUUGCGUGGUGGUGGAUGCCCGCCGAGGUCUCGGAGGCCCCUCCGUGGCAUCUCGCUGCCUCUAACCCGUCGAGGUGGGGGUGUAAACAACAGCCCUGCCUGUGCCUCUGUUGGCUCUACUCUGUCCUCCGUUUCGCCUCUGCCCUGCUCUUGCCUCUGCCAACUCGCCUGAUCUUUUUCCUACUUCCUCUCCACGUAACGUCUCCCGAUGCGCGAUCGAAAGAGCACCGAAGGGAGGGAGAGGGAACGCCAGGACAGGGCGAAAGGGAAAGAGAGGGAAUAAGAGCAUCGAGAACACAAGAGAACAAAGCAUUCGGCAUCGGCGGACCUAUGCUAUUUUCUCACUUUAUCAUCGUAUUCAAUUCCAUCAUGGCCGCGAUUCUAUCCAUCGAAUAUGUCGACGUGGUAACCUUAGUCAUCCGUCUACGUAACCGUUCGUUCGUUCGUCCGUCCGCCACAAACCUUAUCUUCUCUCAAGCUUAAUACCCAUCGAUCCGCUCACCGAAUCAACCCCUUCGAGAUAUAUAACGUUCAUAGAAUUUUCCUACUUCGUUAUAUCCUACAUACGUAUCUCGUUACGCCUCCGAGAAACGUCUUUUUUUGUCCUGGAUGCGUGUAAAAAAAAAAAGAAAAAAGAAAAGAAUAACCGACUACUGCACAAUGUCCCGGAGCUAUUCCGUCGAACGUACCGCCGCCCCGCGAUAUCAAAGCCAGCUGGCGCGCCAGUUUUACGAAACACUAGAAUUCCUCUAGAAACCGCGAAUGUUCAGACAUGCUCUCUUCGAUGUGUGUACGGAACAGAGACAGUCGUAUAGAGUGAGAAAGACACGGUUGGGAACCUUAAGAGAAUCGGGCGCCAUUACGACAUGCGCGUCUUGCAAAACCGUCCAACAACGGUACGUCGUCGGCGAGGCUGACCGGUCAGUCGCGCACGCCAUUCCGCGGAAAGUCGGAAAAACCGAAAUCGGAAGUGGCGUGGUUGGUUAAACGCGUGUUCGCGUUACGCUAGUUUCUUUUUUUUUUUUUUCUACUAAAAACCUCUGUGCACCACCCGCAAACGACUUGCUGGCUGGCUGGCACGGAGUAAUCGUCCGUUCGACACGGCACCCUCCUCGGUGUGUCGAAAGUAGGAGAGGUGCACGGGUAACCUAACCUCUCUCUCUCUCUUUCUCUCUCUAUCUCACUCCCCCUGUUUUCUUCGUACCUUCUCUAGCCAACGGGUUGGAUCAAGGGCGAGAGUCAUCGGUGUGUCCCACUUCGUCUGCCGCGAUGUCUGCUUCGUAUGUUCUCUCCCGAUAUUUCGCGUUCCCCUUCCCCGGGGAGUUCCCGGUAUGUCGAGGUUCGUCUCCCUUCUUUCUUGACAUACCCCUACCCGAGCAUCGAGCUUGCGGCACACGCUUACGCACCUACACAACUGACCUAUCCUUCCUUCCCGUCCUAUUCUUACGAUAUUCCGUUUGUUAGUGUGACCCGGAGAAAGAGAGCGAGUUCUCUCGGGCAUCGGGCUCUAUUUCGCGGUGGGUUCCCGUUUUCCCACCUAUGGGUUCCCCCCUACCCUUCUUCCUACCCCCUACCCCCGUGGGGGCACCCGUCAUUGUGGAGUGGGGUGCAAUCCUGGGCCACUUCGACGACUAUCCUCCCUGCUCCCGGAUCCCUUUCUGCCAUCGGGAGGGGGUGAAGUGGGGGGGUAUCUUUCACCCUUCCCCCCUCCCCCCCCCCCCCCCCUACGUACCGAUACCACGGUCAAGAGGUUCCAACUUAAGAUUUCGACGACAGAGAUGUUUGACUUUGUCGCUUUAACGAAGGGAGAAAACAUGGAUAACCCUGGGGGAACUAACAUCCGUACUUCCUUUAGAAUAAAUAGACGGUCGAUAAAUUUAUGAGAGAUUCUUUGAUAGAGACUAGGUGUAUCCAUACAGCGCAUACAACUUUUUAUCAGCAGUUGUGUACACACGUUUCCCAACCACCUGUAGAACAUAGGAAACGGAUAGAAGAGUAAUAAGGAUACAGACGGGGUAACGAAAUAGCAGUCGGUUAUCUGUAUCGACGAGUUGCGCACAGUAUUCUAUAAUUAAGUAUAUUCCUUAAAUAGAAUUCAGAUUAAACGGUUAACAUAGAUGAUAACUGAUUCCCAAUUUCUUUCUGAUAUAUAGCAUCAUGAUCGUUUACUUAGGAAUUCUGUGCGAAGGAACGUUGACGGAUCAGAGAAUGUGUAUGUGAGUUUUCUGAAUGAAGGAAAUCUGUUUUCCUACCGAAAUAACGAAGGUCGAUGCACUUCGACGGCGAUACUCAUGCGUCAAAAUAUAAUUAUCGUGAAAGAUGAAUUUCACACCUUUUCCCGGCUUUACGACAGGCUCGCUACCGACGGGCACGGUGCAUCAAUUUGCAACCGCCAAGUUUGCGCAAAACCUGCCAACCGGAGGUCAGGUGGUCGGCGUUUUAUCCGGUGGCGAAGGUGGUGUACAUUAUCUGAGGCCGGUCGAUCCGAACGGUUUCGCCGUGGCUCAAGGUGGUAACAAUCAACAGCAGCAAAUCAUCACGCUGCCGAUCACCGUACCUGGAAAGGAUGGCACGCAGCAGCAGCAAACCGUUCAAAUUCAGGUGGUCAAUCCGAGCGUGUCCCAAAGCGGGAACAGCGGUGAUCAACCGAAGUACCAUUUGGCACCGAUAUCGUUGGGACAAUUCCCCCAGGGUGCAGCAACUGUGCUCACCGUUGCGUACAGUCAACAGGGUGCCGAUGGGGUACAGAUACAAGUCCAACCGCAAAACACCGUGGCCACGACGCAAACGUCCGACCAAACGACUCAAAGUACGUCCACCGCGGUCACCACGACGUCCCAGCAAACUAUUCAACAAACGGUACAACUUCCGGGGACGCCGGAAGGGUUAACCGUAGUCGCACAGAUUCCGCAGGAUUUAAUUUUACGCGAAGGUAUGGAAGAGUCGAAAGAAGACGUGAAAGAGGGUACAACACCGGUUGCCCUUAUAAAAAGGGGCAACAUAAAGAAUCAAGGGAAUCCGAGCGGGGAGGAGUUCAUCACCUCUAUGCCUGCUAGUUGGCAAAGUCUUGCCACACCGGGAUCGACUGUCGCUGAUUAUCUGUCCAGGUUACCUGCCAGUACCUUGCCCCUUAGUUUACAGCAUUUCUUGAAAUUUUCAGCUGAGACAAUAAAGCGAGAGGCCACCAUCGAGUCGAGCCCUUUAGGGGCAGACGGUUUAGACGCGUCCGGAAGCGUCGUGUCCGGUGAACAAGCUGUACAGAUCACGGUAGCAGGCGGCGAGACCGCUAUUAUCCCCGACGUUGUCGACGAACAAGAACCCGGGGCUAAACCGAAAAGAAAGAAGAAAUACAAGAAGAAACCACCGAAACCGAAGAAACCGAAACCCGGACAAGUAAGCAUCGUAACUGCUCUCGAUGGUACAACAUUGUUCUGUUGUCCCCAAUGUAACAUGGCGUACCCUGAGAAAGAACUGUUGGAGCAGCAUCUUAUCGGUCAUAAAAUCGAAAGGAGGUUCAUCUGUGACAUUUGUGGUGCAGGUUUGAAACGCAAAGAACAUUUAGAAAGACACAAACUCGGCCACAAUCCAGACAGGCCGUUCAUAUGUUCGGUAUGCAUGAAAGGUUUUAAGCGAAAGGAACACCUGAAUCUUCAUUUUGUUAUACAUUCUGGACAGAAAACCGAGGUUUGCACCGAAUGCGGUAAAGCAUUUUAUCGCAAAGAUCACUUGAGAAAACACGCGAGAUCUCACUUGGCUAAACGUAUCAAAGAGGAGCCUUUAAAUAACGUCGAUGCUUCCCAAAAUGCUCAACAGCAAACGGAUCAACAGCAGCAACAGGCUGAACAGUUGCAGCAACAGGCCGAACAGUUGCAGCAACAGGCUGAACAGUUGCAGCAACAAGCUGAUCAGUUGCAGCAACAAUCGUCGGUGUCCGAAUUGCAACAGAUACAAAUACAAGUAGGACAAGGUUCUCAGGCGCAGAUACAUCAGAUAGCUGUUACCGAACAGUCCACGGUUGUUCUUCCAACUGCUGCGGAAACUGGAGCAAUGGCUAUGCUACAUCAUCAACAGCAGCAACAGCAACAGCAACAACAACAACAGCAGCAACAGCAACAACAACAACAACAACAGCCGCAGCAUUAGCAGCAGCAUACCGCCCCGAAUCAACCUGGGCGGUACUUCCGAUUUAAUCAUCAACAAGCAAGAGGUCGUGCAAGACGCUUUGCAAUGAAUUUCCCGCCGUUCGGAGGCCAUUUUCCCGGUACCAUUCCGAGUAUCCACCAGUUCGCAACCGACGGCUCCGGCGGUGCGGGCGGGCGUUACGCCAAUCAUUUUCCCAACCAGCCUCCAAUCGGAGUGCCGGUUAUGGGAAAGUACCGUCCUGAAAGCAACGGCGUGCAAUCAGCUCAAUCACAAGUGAUGAUGAACAAUAAAGCAAGCUAUCCCAACAGCAAUGUUCAUCAUUAUCCAAAUGUGCCAUAUUCCCAAGCCCAGCCAGUUCAACAGCGACCCUCAAAUUCACCUGGAAUGCCAGAAAAGCGUUCAUACCAUCAGCAAGCAACGGAAACUAUAAAUCAACAAGAUGUUUGCAAUCUCCUACAGGACAAAGAUAAAAGUAAGGACAAGAAAGAUGAACAACAGCGUAAUGGAGAAACUACCACUAAUGGUAAUCAGCAAGAGUACAGCAUGCAUCAGCAUCAUCAGCAGCAUGCUCAUACUCAAACUCCUGCUACGAUGCCUGCCACUUGGCAAUCUUUAGCCACACCUGGAUCUACAGUGGCCGAUUAUCUCAGUCACCUACCAGCUAGUACUUUACCGUUAAGUUUACAUCAUUUCUUAAAGUAUUCCGCUGAAAGUAUUAAAAAAGAAUCAGAAAUGGCGCAAACUACCUCGGUAGCUGUUGCGACUACGACAACGCCCAAUAUAAUGAUGUCUCCGAAUAAUAAGAAGAAGAAAAAGAAGAAGCCACCGAAGGAGAAGAAACCACGUCCGAAACCCGGUGAAAUUCGCUUAACCACAGCAUUGGACGGUUCUACAUUGUAUUGCUGUCCGGAGUGUCAUAUGGCAUACCCGGAACGUGAAUUAUUGGAACAGCAUCUCUUGGGUCAUACUUUGGAACGGAGAUUCGUUUGCGACAUUUGCGGCGCCGGUUUGAAAAGAAAGGAUCAUCUUACGCGUCACAAACAGAGCCACAAUCCAGAACGGCCGUACGUUUGUACCGUUUGUUUGAAAGCUUUCAAAAGAAAAGAACAGUUGACAUUACAUUUUGUUAUACAUUCUGGUGAGAAACGGCACGUAUGUACAGAGUGUGGAAAAGGUUUCUAUCGUAAAGAUCAUUUAAGGAAACAUACUAGAAGUCAUAUUGCAAGGAGGGUAAAAGCUGAGCUCAGUCAAAAUGCGGGUACACAGCAGAAUCAACAGCAAAACAAUGUUUCAAAUAUGCAAACAACAGCUGUUACAGCAUCGUCUGUUCUCUCUGGUGGACAUCCAGGUCCUCUCCUGUCCUGAGCCCCGCCACCAGGGAACUUCCAAGUUCCCCAUCCAAACAAUAUCCUUCAUUCGCACACUUCUCACCAUUCGUUGCAUCAUCAUCAUUUAACAGCGGUCAAUGUGGCGCAUCAGUCUAGUGUCACGCCACUUGCUACGUCCAGCCAUUAUCAAACCCACGACCUCAGUUUUUUGGGACACGCUAAAGAUUUCUGAGAGCAGGGGAAGACCUCGACUAAGAGGUGAUAAAAUUGAUAAAUUAUACAAGAACUUCUAAAACAGUAAGUUUUCAAGUACUUUUCAUCAUUUCUGCGAAAAGAAUUCUAGCAAGUUUUGCUGUAACUAAAACAUUCGUUCGUUCAAUGAUUCAGUUGGCUCUCUAUGUCCUAGUACAAUAGCGCAAAAGCUGUGACGGUUAUGUAAGUUUGCGAACACUAUGCACAGUCUUUAUUAUCCGCACUUCAGGUAUUAUUUUAAGAUUUGUACGAGUAGUAUGUUAUCUUCAAAAGUGUGCCAUAUAAUAUACAUAUGUACAAUGAAAAAAUAGAGAAAGGCAUAGAGAGUGUUUCCAUGCACGCACAGAUAAAGGAAACCAGAAUUUUCACCAGAAACGUUAGAUUAGAGCCUGAUGAGAGUCUUGCCAUACUGUAUGUAUGAAAAACGAAACAUAUUUUUAUGAAGGCUUGGUGUGAAAGAAGCUAAUUACACGAUGAAGCUUCUUAGUAAGCGAAAUAUAUUAUGAUAGAGGAUAUAAUUUUCUUCGUUCAAAUCGAUUAUUUGCUUUCGUUGAAUCUUUUUAUAAAUUUAUUUUAUAGCAUUUUAUAAAUCACGCGAAUGCAGACAUAUAUUGCAAAGGAUGCGAACGAGUCAUCCCACCGAUUAACACGUAGUGUCUUUCAAUUUUAAAUAUUUUUAAAAUAUUAGUCACAUUUUCUUUAUUAUCUUGGUUGAAAUGAAUCAAGUACAAUCGCAAUUUUUCUCCACUAGAUUUUAUCGAAUGUUCCCUUUGUUGUUUUAAUUAAACAUUUGCGAAGAGGUAGCUAAAAAAAAAAAUGUGGCAAUACUUUAGUUGGUAAAAAUAAUAAGAAAAUUUAUUUUAACUUCAUUUCUUUUAUAUACAAAGC